GCAGAAACUCCUGAGUCUUCAAAGCAAAGCAAAGCAUCGCGCACGACGCAACGCAACCUGCCCUUCCUUCCUGCGUGUCUGUCCUGUCUGUCUAUCAGUCUGUCUGCACCCAACAGCCCCAGUGAGGAUCCCACGAUGCUCCUGAACCGCUGCAGCGCGCCCUGAUCUCAGCGCAUGGCAACUUUCAAGCCCAAAUGCAACUUUUAGGACUUUUAUUCCCAGUAUGCAAGCGCACGAGUUUCUGACGCGCCUUUUGCACGCGUGUGGCAUUUCUGACAUCGUGUUGCGAGUGGGAUAAAAAAAAAAAAAAAAAAAAAAAAAAAAAAAAAGCGCACAGGCGCACAGGCUGCUGGAGAUCAAUUCAGUGGGAGAUGAGAUGAGAGGAGAUGAAGGGGGCUUGAUUCCGAGUCCGAUCUCAACUCUGAUUGAUUACUUAUUAGUCACCCCCCCUCCCUUUGGAUCCCAGAUUCGUUCAAAAGGCAACGUGGAGCGCAGAAAUGAACGCACUGCCGAGCGCACUGGCGAGCUCGGAUCCGAAUAGAAGACUCACUUUGGUAAGCACGAGGAGCAUGGUGGCGGUUUAUAGAGACUAAUAAUAAGAGAGCUGGUGCUUGGGUUUGUUCACCUCGGACGCGGAUCUUCGCCUUUGACAGCUGCUGAGAGGAAAAUCUAGAACUUGCGUGCGUCCUUGCACGUUUCCAAAUCCCCCCUCCUCCCUUUUUUUUCGGGAUAAAAGCAAACUAACAAAAAAAAAAAAAAAAAAAAAAAAAUGAAAGUGUGGACUUUCCUGCCGUGGCUCCCUUGCCUCGUUAUCCUAAUCCUGUGCGUCGGGUCGGAGUGCGGCCCCGUGUGGAGGAAAGGUCGGUCCAAGCGCGAGCUCGUGAAGCUCCGGGAGGCUCGGGCGAGCGUGCCGGGCGCGUGCGCCACCCGCCUUCCACGCGGCAAGCGCUCCGUGCCGGGGCUCGAGCGGCGUCUGCCCCGCCAGCGCCGGCGCGCCUCCGCGGCCGACGAGAACGAGGACGCGUCCGUCUCCGCCGCGUCUUCCGCGCACGGCCACGCUGUUUACUUCACAGGACGUGGAGACCAGCUGCGCCUCAGAUCGGCGGAGGAAAUCCCGAGGGGAAACUUUACUUUGGGGAUGUGGGUGAAGCCCGAAGGAGGACAGCGCUCCCCUGCCGUGAUCGCAGGCCUCUUUGAUAAGUGUUUCUAUGCCUCAAGUGACCGGGGAUGGCUGCUGGGUAUCAAGACAGUUAGUGAGCAAGGCAACCGAGACCCUCGCUUCUUCUUCUCUCUCAAGACGGAUCGGGCACAUAAGGUCACCUCUAUCCACUCCAACACCCUUUACCUGCCUGGUCACUGGGCCCACGUGGCAGUCACGUACGAUGGCAUUUACAUGAGACUGUUUGUGAAUGGUGCUCAGACUGCUGUUAGCAGAGAACAGUCUGGAGAUGUCUUCUGCUCUCUUACUAAGAAGUGUAAGGUGUUGAUGGUGGGCGGAAAUGCCUUGAACCAUAACUACCGAGGUUCUGUUGAGCGAGUGACUCUCUGGCGUCAAGCCCUCUCCCAGCGCCAAAUCAUAAAGGACAUGCAUGGCCACGAGGACUCUCACUAUCAAGCAGACCUCAUCAUCCGGGAGAACUUUGAGCACCCCGAGCGCAAGUGGCUGGUGGUGAAGGAUGGGAAUUUCCCACGACCGGACGAAGGCCCUCGGGCUGGGCUGGCCUCUCUGGACACAACCCUAGAGCCGCCAGCCUGUGGUCAGACAGUGUGCGAUAAUGUGGAGGUUGUGCGCAACUACAACCACUUUUGGACCUUCCGGAGACCCAAGACGGUGCGCUACCGUGUGAUCAACGUGUAUGAUGAUGAGUACCGUAGGCCUACCGUGACUGAUCAGCAGAUCUUUCUGCAGCAACAGGAAUUGAAUGAAGCCUUCAGCAUGUACAACAUCACCUGGGAGCUGACGGUUCAUAACAUUAGCAACUCCACGCUGCGUUCCCGGUUAGUGCUAGCCAACUGCGAUAUCAGUAAGGUUGGCGAUGAGGACUGCGAUCCUGAGUGUAACCACACCCUGACCGGAUUUGAUGCCGGGUACUGCAAGCCCAGAGCUCGCUGUGCUGAGCACAAGCCAGGCAAUGGUGUGUGCGAUCUAGAAUGCAACUGGGAUAACUUUGCUUACGAUAAAGAUGACUGCUGUAACCCCAAUAUCACUGACGUCACCAAGACGUGCUUCAAUCCUGCCUCACAUUUAAGGGCCUACCUGGAUGUGAAGGAGUUGAAAGACAUCCUCAAAGUAGAUGGCUCUACGCACCUUAACAUCUUCUUUGCCAAUUCCACUAAUGAGGACCUGGCUGGAGUGGCCACCUGGCCGUGGGACAAGGAGGCCCUGACCCAUCUCGGAGGAAUAGUGUUAAAUCCGUCUUUCUACGGCACGUUCGGCCACACUCACACCAUGAUCCAUGAAAUCGGCCACAGCCUGGGCUUGUACCACGUCUUCAGAGGCAUUUCAGAGAUCGAGUCCUGCAACGAUGCCUGUUUGGAGAUGGAGCCUUCGCUGGAAACAGGAGACUUGUGUGCCGACACGAACCCAACGCCAAAAUACAAGCACUGUCGAGACCCUGAGCCUGGAAAUGAGACGUGUGGCUGUAGCAACUUUAUCCACACGCCUUUCAAUAAUUACAUGAGUUACGCAGAUGACACCUGCACUGAUUCGUUUACCGAAAACCAAGUGGCUCGCAUGCAUUGCUACUUGGACUUGGUUUAUCAGACAUGGCAGCCCAACUACAAGCCCCCUCCUGUCCCGAUGGCACCCCGUGUGGUGGAACAACGUCAGGACUCCAUCGCUGUAGAGUGGUUCCCUCCAAUCACGGGCCACUUCUAUGACAGAGAAGUGGGAUCAGUGUGUGAUAAAUGUGCCGAAGGCCGAGUUUUUCUCCAGUACGCUUCCAACUCCUGGUCUCCACGUCCCUGCUUGCCUUCUGGACACUGGAGCCCACGAGAAGCUGAAGGUCCACCAGAUGUGGAGCAAGUAUGUGAGCCAAGUGUUCGUACCUGGAGCCCCCACAAUGGCAUGGAGGUGGGCCUGGUACCGCCGCAAUGUCCACUGCAGGGCUGCAUGUUGCAGCUGGAAUUUGCAUACCCGGUUGUGCCCGAGUCGCUCACCGUCUGGGUGACGUUCUGUUCUUCAGAGGAGACGGCUCUUCCUGCUAUCCACAACAUCAUAUUGCUUUGUGUAAGUGGGCAUAACCUCUCUCUGGGUCCCAGUGAUGUGUUCUGCGACACGCCUCUGACCGUCAAGCUGGACGUAAAGGAGAAGGUCUACGGUGUGCAGUUCUUCACCAUGGAGCAGCACCUGGAGAUCGAUGCCACUUUGCUCACGUCCAAGCCCGACUGCCCACUCUGCCAGGAUUGUGAGGAGUUGCGUUACAGACUCCUGCGCCAACCGUCGUUUAGUCACGCUCCGCGAGGCAUCGAGCUCAGCGACUCGGCACGGAGAUACCUGGACAGGGAUGUGAUGCAUGGUGUGAUGUACACCUACCAGGUUCAGACCAUCACCAGAUGGGGAGAUAGCGAACCGUCUCCUCCUUUAUCCCACCGUCUUGGAGCACCAUACUGUGGAGAUGGGAUCGUCCAGAGGUCCCAAGGAGAGCAGUGCGAUGAUAAGAACACCAUAAAUGGGGAUGGCUGCUCAAGUCAAUGUAGGAAAGAGCCGUUUUUCAACUGUGUAGGCGAACCCAGUACAUGCUACUACUACGAUGGUGAUGGAGUUUGUGAGGACUUUGAACGGGAGACCAGUGUAAGGGACUGUGGUCUGUACACCCCGAGCGGUUUCCUGGAUCAGUGGGCCACUACGGUGGAGACGUCCCAUGAGCAAAGGCUAUACUGCCCAGCUGAGGUGGCAUCGGGAUACCCUGCGAUCACCAAGACUUGCCAGUCCAAGGUGUAUGACUUGUCUCAUGGUAUUUCCCAGUAUGCCUGGUUUCCUUGUCGUGAAGCCCAGCAGGUUUCCUGGUACCGCCCAUACUGGCUGAAGGCGUAUUUCUCGCACCCGAUGGUAGCCACAGCAGUCAUCAUCCACUUGGCAGCAGACGGGACGACCAUUUUUGACUCGGUGCAACAUCAGACGCAAUGCAACAUCUCUGUGCAGCUGGUAGACACCAAGGACAAGAUCCACAGCUUAGGUAACUGGCGCCUGAGCUGCCGCACCAACCCACUGGUGAUCCCCGUGAGCCAUGACCUCAGCAUGGCUUUCUACCACACCAAGGCUAUCCUCCUGAUCUUCCGCUGCCCAUUGGUGGCCAUCUCCGGUGUGGGUCUGCGUUCCUUCCAGUUCUUCGACCCUAUCACCAUCAGCAGCUGCCAGAGCAAUGAGAUCUAUAACCCCAUGGGCCAAAGUUGCGUUCAUUACUCCUGUGAGGCCAUCGACUGCCAGGAGCCGAAGGUCCGCAAUGCAGAGCUACGAUGUAGCGGUGGCUUUUUCAACGGCGCCCGAUGCACUGUCACAUGCAACAGUGGCUACGUGCUGCAGAUCCACCGGGACGAUGACCUCAUCAAGAGCCAGUCAGGAUCUACGGUGACCAUUACCUGUACAGAUGGCAAGUGGAACAAGCAGGUGUCCUGUGAGCCCGUUGACUGUGGCCUCCCUGACAAGUACCAUGUUCACCCUGCCAACUUUUACUUUCCCGAGGGUACCACCUAUGGCAAGAAGUGCACCUUCCAGUGCAGGGAACCUGCUCAGCUAGUAGGAACUAAUAACACACUGACAUGCAUGGAGGACGGCCUGUGGUCCUUCCCGGAGGCCUUGUGUGAGCUGCGUUGUCCUGCUCCUCCCAUCAUCCCCAAUGCAGUAUUGCAGACCAAACGUUGUAACGAGACUGGCCUCAAAGUGGGCUCACUUUGCAAGUACAAGUGCAAGCCUGGCUACCAUGCCACCAACAAGCCCAAGAGACGGGCAUUUAAGAUGCAGUGCACAGAAGACGGCCGAUGGCUGGAGGGAUCAUGUGAGCCGGUGAUGUGUCCUCCACCUCCGCCGGUCUUCCACGGCAUGUACCACUGCACUGAUGGCUUCCUAUUCGACAGCAUGUGCUGGCUGCAGUGCCACUCUGUCAACAGCACGGCAAAGGCAUCUGCUCCCUGCAAGCAGCAAGGCACACACCCCAACAUGAUCCGCUGCAGGAAGGAUGGAAACUGGACCGGAUCUUUCCAGAUUUGUCCACAGAUUAAGGGUCAGUGUGCUUUACCACGGAACCUGCAUCCAGGCAUCCGGCUCAGCUGCAAGAAAGGACACGCCAUAGGAGCAGAGUGUGAGCUUUCAUGCAGGGACAUGAACAGUGAUGUGGUCAUCCUGCCUGACAACAUGACAGCUAACAGUGUUCUGCAGCACCACUGGAUGAACCCACCCAAAGUCACGCAUAUAACAUGCACCAUGGGCUUGAAAUGGUACCCACAUCCUGAGGUCCUCCACUGCAUCAAAGGUUGUGAGCCAUUCCAGGGCGACAAUUAUUGUGACGCCAUGAACAACAGAGCGUAUUGUAACUACGAUGGAGGAGACUGCUGCCAGUCCACUGUCAAGACUAAGAAGGUGAUCUUCUUUCCAUCAUCGUGUGAUCCGCAGACCGAUUGUGCCUGCCGGGACCCCAAAGCACCAGAAAACAGAAAAGACGAGCAUGUGUACUCUCUGGGCUGAGAGAAAGAGUGCAGCCAUGGAAAGCCCAGCUAUAGACUGGGUUCAAGCAAGAUAUUCUUCCAGAUAUGCUGCUUCACAAGUGUACCUCUCCUGUCCUGUCUCACUCCUCCAUGUCAACGUGUCUCCCUGCUAUCUUCUGUCACGUCUUGGAAGGUCUACCCAUCUCCAACUCAUUGGGAAGAAAAAAAAGAAGGAUAGAAAAAAAGAAGACAGGUGUGGGAAUGAGAAUAUACCCAUGUGUAGUAAAGAAGGAAUGUUUUUCUCUCAUCAAACCAGAAAAAAAAAAAAAGAUGAUAGAUUCUGGUUAGCAUGCCUAUCUGUGCCAGCUUUCAGUGUUCACGUCUAUUUUGCUGAAGUUUGUUUGUUGUUGUAGUUCGAAGUGAAAGGAAACAUUUUGGCAAAAAAAUUGACACCACAAGGGCUUUGAUGUUUGUUUUUGAAAGCUUCUUUGUAUUGAAAUUGCGAAGGGGACUAAAUAGGUCCUAGAGUAAUGGGUGUCCACUCAUGCUGGGAAUACAUCCUGCAUCAGAAACCACAGAAAAUGGGGAAAAACCAAGGAUUUAGGUGUUUCCAUUGAGAGUCUAGUCCUGAUUCUGAGAUACCAAAAUGUGCAAAAUACAAAGGACCUAAAAAUUUGCAGGUAGUUUUGGAAAUUUUGGUAGUUAGCAAAAAAAUAAAUAAAAAAUCAGCAUCUAUCAAAUCCCAAAUUGGUCACCCACUUAGUUUUAAUAAACAGUGAUGGUAUAGGCAAUUAUGUAUGCUAAUGAUACUACUCCACCCUAAUGUUUAUCAGGUCUUCAAAGAUGGCAGUUGUUUUGACAUCAACCCAAAACCAACAUGAAAGUGAACUCGCCAUGUUAGCAUGGCUUCAGUUUAUGUUGCUGCUGUUCCUGCUGCUACUUUGCCAUCAUGGCCAAUCUUAUUUCUUAUGAAGCUGGAGUUAUGACUGCCUUAACAGUUACCUCAAGAUGCCAGACUCAUCCAAAAGUCUUCGUUCAAGAAAUGAUCGAUUUAUGACCUCAAGAAUGUCGGUUAUAAUCUGCAUACAUUUUGAAUGUAAAGACAGGGUUAGCAUGUUCAGUCGUAUCACCAGCGCUUAUCCAGAAUCCGAACUCUUUGAAUUUGCCAAAUUAACAAUGAUCUCUUUCUCUUUGACUGUCUGUCAAAAAUGGCAUUUUGUCCACAGUGUAUUAGUGUACUUGUGCCAAAUUUCCUACACCAGCAAUUCUCAAAUAGGGGUCCAUGCACCAUAGCCAGGAAAUAACAUCCCACCAUUAUUAAAUCGAUUGUAUUUAUUAUAGAGUGCUUAUAGUGAUUAGCCAGUUCCCUCAAAUUAAAUGGGUUUAAUACAAACCUGUAAGCCAAGUCAGCCUACGAAUAACAUCUGAUAGAAUCUAACACCAUCUAUCAGGUGAAAUUUCAGGAAUAGAUAGCUCUCGAACUGCUGCUCAGAGAAACGUGCUGUCUACCCUCUUCCGCAUACAUGAGCUGACCCGCACCCAUGAUUAGUUAGCAGUGCAGAGUAACGCCAUCCCUCCCACCCAGUUUUACAUUCUUAGACUCGCAGCUGCGGCAUCAUCGGGAUUCGAACUUCUGAUGAUCAUAGAUUAAAGCUUUAACAGCUAUGUAGCUUGAUGCUAGCGAGUCUGUAUACAAUUUCUCAAAACUAGAAUCGAAGUAAUGAUCAUUUUUGGCGGCUGGAUGCUCAAUCCAUACUCUCACAGUAGUACAACUUCUACAGAGUUGUUUUUUUUUUUUUCAAUUUGGAGAGUUACUUUUUAUGAGGUGACGAACCCACAUCUGGACACUUUUCCACAGCCGUACCCCAAAUUAUCAUGUGUCUAUAUUCAGAUCAGUACAAUUCAACAUUGGUGUUAGCCCUGAAACUUGCAUUCGGCGGCCCGUCUCCUCACCCUGCAUGUAAAAUCCAGAUUCCUAAAGCACUGUACUGUAUUUCCCUCCAUGGAACCGGCGUAAGGCUCUAAAUAGAAAACUUCAGGAAAUACAUGGAUGUAAGCGGCACAGAUUCAUUAGGCAUAGCAAACCAAGGAAGUCAUUCGAGGUGAAUGUCAUUGUAAAUACUUCAUAGAGGCUUAUCAAGACAAUGAUUGUUUUUCGUAGCGCUUCUAUUAGUCUGGAAAAAAAAAAAAAGUCAGUUUUCCUUCAUUUAUAUUUCUUAAAAAAUAUAGAAAAGAACUGAAAAAAAAAAAUCACUUUAUGUAUCGGUAAUCAGUAUUUGUAUUAAUGACCUCAGAUACUGCACUUUUGAGUAGCCAUUAAAGGGAAAGUCUCCAAACUUUUAGUAAAAACGCUGCUAUUGUAAAACGUUGAAUUUAAAACAAAACAAACAAACAAAAAAAUGGUAUCAAAUAUGGUAUUGUGAUAUUCCUCUCUUUGUGGUUAUUGUGUUUCACCUGAUUUUAGCUGUUGAAUGGGACAAAACUCAUCGUACGUUAGAUUCAUGUGCCUGGUCUGGAACUGCGAAACUGGCUUUAAUAUCCAUACGUAUUGUUCAUAGAAGGAUUUGCAUCGUAAAACAUUGUAUCGUAUUUGUUGUAUGUGCAUUUUUUUUUAUUGUUUUGUUUUGUUUUAUUUGUUUUUUUUGGAAAUGUAUUUGAUGCUAUCGGCCAUCGGCACAAAGACUUGUAGAAUACUGAAGGAUUUUUUUUUUUUUUUUUUUUUUUUUGUAAUGAAUUAACUACAAAGAAUAAAAAAGCACCAAAAAAAAUAAAUAAAAAAAAAACAAAAAAAAAAAACAAAAAAAACAAAAACAAAGGAAAUAUCUCACUGAAGAAAAGCCAGUUUAUUAAAAAAUAUAUUAUACCGAGAGCGGACAAGAAAUAUUAUAGAGAUUUUGGUUUGUUCUAUAGUCCUGAAAGAGGAUUUAUUAUGUUUAUUAUUACAGUGAUAUGUUAUUGUACUCUGUAUGGACCAUUUUUAUUGCUUCAAAAGCGAGACUCAUCAGCAAUCAUUACACAAGGCCAAUUUUCCAUGAACAGGACUUCAGGUUGACAGCUGGGAGAGCCAAAGCUUUGUCCUUACACGUGUUCUCGUCUACCGUUUAGGAGGUGCGAUCGACCAGUUUCCAGCCUCCUCGUGUUUUUCCACAACAAGACCAAAAUCCACACUGUGUUGUCGCUUUACACUCUGCUUCCCCCCCCCUUCCUCCGCCACCCAAAAAAAGGACGCAGUAUCUAAAGCCAUAUAUGUUGAUGUUUCCGACGGGAUGCUCGACUCUGCUGUACACACCACGGGAUCUCUGUCUGUACCUCAUGCCUGUAGUGUUUGCUGCUUCUGUGUGUGUUUUUUUUUUUUGUGUGUGUGUGUCUCUCGGCGAUAUGUUACGGUGUACAUAGUAGAACUAUUUAUUGAGAGUGUUAUACUUUUUUUUUUUUUUUUUAAGUUAUAUUUUUAAUGUUCAUGUAAGUUAUUUUUACAUUGGUCUUAUAAACGUAAAAGAUGAAAAAAGGA